AUGAGUCACCUAAAAAUAAAACGAGGAAAUUUCCUCUUCACAUCCGAAUCAGUGAACGAAGGACAUCCUGACAAAAUAUGCGAUCAAAUUUCAGAUGCCAUUUUGGAUGCAUGUUUAAGGGAAGAUCCAGAAAGUAAAGUAGCAUGUGAAGUAUGCGCGAAGAAGAACUUUAUUUUCAUUUUGGGAGAAAUCACAACUAAGGCAAAAGUUGAUUAUGAUAAAGUUGGAAGAGAUGUUUUAAAACAUAUUGGAUAUGAUGAUGAAAGUAAAGGAUUAGAUUAUAAAACCGCAGAUAUAAAGAUAUACAUUGAUGAACAAUCACCUGAUAUUGCACAAUGUGUUCAUGAAAAUAAGAAACCUGAAUUAAUAGGUGCAGGAGAUCAAGGAAUUAUGUUUGGAUAUGCUACAGAUGAAGCAGAAAAUUAUAUGCCACUAACACAUCAUUAUGCAACUUUGUUAGGAAAAAGAUUAACAGAAGUUAGAAAGUUGGGAAUUCUCCCUUAUCUAGGACCCGAUGGAAAAACACAAAUAACAAUUGAAUAUAAAAAUAAAGGUAGUUUUGGUGGACACAUGGAACCAUUACGUGUACAUACAAUUCUUAUUUCUACACAACAUACAGAAAAUGUAAAAUAUGAACAAUUGAAAUCUGAUUUAAUAGAAAAUGUUGUAAAAUAUGUAAUCCCUGAAAAAUUACUAGAUGAAGACACAGUAUAUUAUUUAAAUCCAUCAGGAAAAUUUGUCCUUGGUGGGCCAGCAGCAGAUGCUGGAUUGACAGGAAGAAAAAUAAUUUGUGAUACGUAUGGAGGAUGGGGUGCACAUGGUGGUGGUGCAUUUUCAGGAAAAGAUGCAUCAAAGGUUGAUCGAUCUGCAGCUUACUACUUACGUUAUAUUGCAAAAUCUUUGGUAGCUAACAAAUUUUGCAGAAGAGUAUUAGUUCAAGCAUCAUAUUCCAUUGGAAUUGCAAAUCCAAUUUCUUUGAAUGUGAAUUCCUAUGGAACUGUAACUACAGGAUAUACUGACUAUGAUUUAGAACAAAUUAUUUUACGCAACUUUGAUUUAAGACCAGGGUUUAUUAUAGAAGAAUUAAAAUUAAAGGAACCUAUUUUUUCAAAGACCUCAGCCUAUGGUCACUUCGGAAGAAAUGAUAGCUCAUUCACUUGGGAGAAGAUAAAGGACCUCACCCAUGAGAAAAAUGUCCUCAAGAAUUGA